AUUCUCUCACCUGUGCUCAGUCCACAAACGACAAUCGCUUCGAAUAGUCGCGCGAAUAUGUAACUUAAUAAAUUAUAACGAUUAAAAAAUAAAUUAAACUAUUCACAGAGUGGAAAUUACGAAUGAAACAUCGAAUUUCGAAUAAGCAAUUAGAAAAUGGCGCAGAAUACGCGAAAUUCGGACUUGUCACAGAUAGCGGUUAAUGCCAACAACAUUCCGGACGACAGCGUCGAUUGUGGCAUCAUCGGACUGGGCUGGUGUCGUGGCCCCGCCUGCCAAAAAUACGCCCGUCUCCGGACCCUGAUUAUAGUCCUCCUCAGUUCCGGUUUACUUCAGGGAGCUUGCGAAUUGUACUUCCGGAUAUCGGCCAAACAGGCCGCCUUCCAGUACGGCUACAAUCCUCUCCUAGUGGAUUGGCUCUUGGUCAGCAGCGGACUCUUCCAGGCUGUGUUCGCCUUGGGUUUUGCCUACUGGGCCGAUGUCUAUCACCCGAUCAAGUGGCUCGUGGGCACCUUAAUGCUUCAGUCGGUGGCCUGUGUCAUCGCCGUAAUCCCCUCCAUAAUGAACUUUGCCGAUGGUGCCAAGUCCGAGGAUGCCUUGGUGGAUGCCAACUUGUGUGCCACAUCGCUGGCACAGUUCCAAAAGCUGACGCUGACGGAGGCACAGAGCAGCACCUUGACACUGGCCAUGUUGUUUGUGCUCCAGCUGGCACUGGGCAUGGGAUCCUUGGCCUACUACACCCUGGGAGUCAGCUACAUUGAUGACAACUCCUUGUCGCAGGACAGUCCGGCUGUGAUCGGCGUCAUCCUGGCGGCACGGGCAAUUGGACAGCAGGUGGGCUCGUUUCUGGUGCUGGGCGUGGGAUUGACCAAUGUGGGCUGGUGGCUCGGCUGGAUUAUAUUGGCGCCGUUGAUCUUUGUAGGCGCUGUGCUCCUGGGACUCUUCCCCAAGCGUCUGCCCAAGACGGUCAUACACCAGGCUGCUCAGCGGAUUAUGGAGCAGACGAAUCUGCGCGGAUUUGGCAGCCAGUUCUCCACCUACCUGGAUGACACGGACUUCUGGCCAUCUCUGAAGCGACUGUUCUCGAAUCGACUGCUCAUGCUGAAUCUGCUGAGCAUUAUGUUCCUGCAAAGCGGUGUCCUCAACUUCGAUCUGCAGGAGGAGAACUAUCUGCAGAGUCGCUUCUUUCUGCCGUACAAUGAGCAGGACGGUCUCACCCAGGAGUGGCGAUCCGCCUUUGUGGCCUACUUCCUGAAGCCUCCAGUCAUGGCUGUGGGCAUGCUCGUCGCCGGUCUGGUCAUAUCCAAGGCACAGCUCUCGGCCCGCACCAUAGCGGGGAUCAACAUAAGUCUGGGCCUCAAACUGGUCCUUAUCUUUGUCGGCUACGUCUUCAUACAGUGCGAUGUGGGCGCCAUUGCCGGAGUUGUGGGUGGCAAGUUGACCCAGCCCUACUGCGCCAGUCAAUGCCUCUGCACUCCGACCGCCUUCAUGCCCGUCUGCCCGGAGAACAGCUCCGUCACCUACUUCUCGCCCUGCUACGCCGGCUGCACCCGCAAAGCCUCCAUCAACAGCUUCGAGCUGUACGAGGGAUGCAGCUGCCUGGGAGAUCAGACAGCCAACAAUGCGGGCACUUCCCGAGCCACUCCUGGUGCCUGCAGUGCCGAGAGUUGCCAGAACAAGAUCAUCAUCUUCCAGGUGCUCAGCAUCUCCGCCGCCUUCCUGCUCGGCAUCAGCGUCAUCGGCAAGACCCUCAUCACCCUCCGUUCCGUCCUGCCCCAGGACAAGACUCUCGCCCUCGCCUUCGAGCUGAUGAUCGUCGGACUUUUCGCCUAUGUUCCCGCACAUCUCAGCUACGAUCUGGUCACACGCACGACCUGCGUCUACUGGGCGCCAAACUACGAGCGAUGUCUGCUGCGGGAGACGCCCAAGCACGGCAACAUCCUAGACAUUCUGACCGCCAGUCUAAUACUGGUUGCCGUCUUCUUUGACGUGCUGGUCUUCAUCUAUGCCAAGGGUCUCAAUCUCUACAACUGCAAGGUCACCGACAAUGACUACACACCCUCGCUGUAUGCCCCCGUGCCACACGAGGAUUCAGUGUCUGCCCCUGCCUCGACACUGCCACGAGGAGGCAGUCCGGUUACGGCAACCACGGCAACUUCGGGUUCGCCGAUGCAUCGUCGGGAUGCACCACAGGCGCUUGAGCUGCGACCCGAGACGACCGUGUUCCGGCAUCCCAGCUCAUUCACCGACUCCUCGGGAGCCCAGAGUAUUGUGGAGCCGAAUGGCAGCGGAGUCACCUAUGCCCAGGUCGUCUUUCCGCCCGACAAGCGUAAGCGCGACGACGGCAGCACAAGUCCGAAGCGCCUGGCGGUACCUGCAAAUGUCCCACUGCAUCAUCUGUCCGAGUCGGAUGUGCGUGCUCAGCUGGGCACCCUUAAGUCCUUUAAUCCUGCCAAGCCCUUGACGGAGGAGCUACCCAACACCACCCAGCAGGAGGAGGGUCACGAUGUGGCAGGAAAUUUCAGUGUGGUUUCUCCACUUCCUGUCACAAGUCAACAGGAAGAUCUACAUCUUAGACCCCAAAGUCCUGAAACAGAUUUUUAAGGAUAAGCACAAAUGUAUUUUACUUUCCUUUUUAAUAUGUAGACAUUAGUUCGUAUACUUCAGCGUUUUGUAUUCUUAACAAUUACAUUUGAUUAUUUAUAGCAUUAAUACUGUAUCCAUACAUUUCAUGUCAUUACAAGUGCUGGACAAAGAGAUAUCCUGUAAUUGGAUAUCCUUAUAUGAGUUAGCACUAAAAUACAGAAUAGUUAUAAUCAUACAAACAUAAACUAAACGAAAAACAGUAAAUAAACACAAACUUACAAAUAAAUACAAA